ACACUUUACUGUACCACUAUGAAUAAAUUGACAGUAAUUUUCUUACCACAAUCUGUUAAUUUACUUUCAUUUUCUCAUUUACUCUAAACAAUUUACAUCACAAUCUAUAUUGACUGUAAAGAAAGAAGAACGCUGACAUAAUUUAAAGAUAAUGGCUGAAGGUGGGAAAAGCAAUGAUGACUAUGAUACCUUUACCUGUUUAAUUUGUGGUCAGAAUGGUUUCACAGAACCUCAGAUGAGAGAACAUGUCAUGAUGGAGCAUGUUGAACAAGAAGUUUAUUGUCCAUUUUGUGAUUUGGGAGGGAUUACAGCCAAUGAAAUGAAUCUACAUAUCAAUAAAGCUCACUUAGACGAAUGUUUUAGUCCUGAUGGUGCUCAGGGGACAGAUUUUGAAUUUCAGGAGGGGACUAGUAGUAGUGGUUGUUGUAGUCCGAUAGAAAAAGACGUAAAAAAACCAACAAAUGUCAUUUUAGGUUCAAUGGAUUGCUCAACAAGUAAAGUGCUAAGUUCUGAUACUGAAAGUCUAGGUAAAAAGAAGAGUAGACUGUGUUUAAAUGUUGCUUCUGUGUCAGGAAUAGUACACACAAAUAACAAUGAAAGAAAUCCUGUAUUAGCUAGUGUUGUGAGUGAUAGGGGUGCUGUUCAGAAUAGUCGGAAUGUUCCCCCGGCUAGAGCAGGAGGCUCAGGGGACCAGGGAUUAAUCAUUCCAGAUAUAAAUGACAAUGUUGAACCAGAUAUCAAUUCCAACAUUCCUUCAGAGUUUACAUGUCCACUUUGUAGAUAUUGUACAGAUUCUGAAGGUCAGAUUCAGUCCCAUGUAAACAGUGAACAUGUUGAUAUUCUUAGUCCAGAGAAUGGUCUAGACGGAGGUGAUGAUGAUUCAAGGUAUAUGUGUCCCAUUUGUACAAUGUCUUUCUUUUCAUCUCAAGAACUUCAGGUUCAUGUGAAUGCUAAACAUAUGGACAUUUUAAGCCCAGAUAAAUCUCAUCGAUGGUCAGAUGGGACAGAUAAGAUUAACGGUGAUGCUGAGGAUAUACAUAUAUGUCCAAUGUGUGAUGAGGAAUUUCAUGAGACGGCUUUGUUAGAGAUACAUGUAAAUGGACAUUUCUCAGCAGAACAAACUCCAGUUUUAAUUAGAGAAAUAAAUGACAUGGCUGUUGCUGAGGAGUUAAUGAAAAAUGAAACAGACGAGAAAGAACGAGAAGAAAAAGAUUUCCAAGCUCUUCAGAACAUGUAUGGUAUGACUGAAGGAAAAAACUAUAAGAAACAGUAUGAGAAGAAUUUAGGAAAGGCAGUGUUUAGAGGAGAUAUAACUAUUGUAGAAUACCAUCAACAGGUAGCCAAUAUGAAAGGCAGAGAUUUACAUGGUGUUGAUGAUGGACAUUCCUGUACUAAAGAUGUUAUAGAAAGAAUAAGUAAAUAUGAUGCUCAGCUGAGUAACAUAACAAACUUUUGGUUAUGUACAGAUAUAAUGCAUUAUGCUGCCUCAUAUGGAGAUAAAGGAUGGGGGUGUGGCUACAGAAACUUCCAGAUGUUGUUGUCAUCACUAUCAACCAAUCCAACUUAUUGUAAAGUACUGUUUAAUGGCAAGCCACAGAUUCCAUCUAUUCCAAAAAUCCAGAGAUUGAUAGAGGCUGCCUGGGAGAAAGGCUUUGAUAAACAAGGUUGUGAACAGCUUGGUGGUAGAGUGGCAGACUCUACAAAGUGGAUUGGUGCCACUGAAAUAGCUGCCACACUCUUCUCACUCAAGGUCAAAUGUAGAUUAUUAGACUUCCAUAGUCCAUCAGGACCACAAGGAACACACCCCAGACUGUUCCAGUGGGUAAAGGAUUACUUCCAACAACCAACCAAGUUUAAACCACCUCUGUAUCUACAACACCAAGGUCACAGUAGAACGAUAGUAGGAGUAGAGGAAUUAUCAGAUAAAUCAUUACGUUUGUUAAUCUUUGAUCCAAGCACAUCAAAGAAGCAGAUGCAGCAAUUCCUCACAGUUAUUAAUAGUACCAUUAUGAGAACCAUAAGGAGAACAGAACAUGGACUCCGAGCCAAACAAUAUCAAAUUGUAGCUGUUGAGGGAUUUGUGGAGGACAAAGAAUAUGAUGAACAGAAGGUAUUAAAGUCUGAGAGAGUAAGCUGAUACUGGGUCUAACCACUGCUAUACUGCUUUGCCAUGUCCAGAUUAUUUUACUUUGAUUUAAUUAGGUACCAGUUCAUAACAGUCAUUGGUGGAAAAGAGAAGAAAACCAGUCCUGUGCUCUGUCACCACAUUGGCUAUUUCAUAUUGUGUGCAUGUCAUGUGAUCAUGACUGAAUUGAAUUACACAAAAUUAUAAUGUAUAUGCACAUAACAUGUGUUAGUGUAGUCUUUUGUUAAACCACCACCGUAUGAAUAGCUUACAUGUUUCAUCUUAAAAUGCUUGUUUGAGUACUGUACAUAAUGGCAACAUUUGUAAGGGAACAUUCAGAAUAAACUUAAUAAGUCAUCAUAAGUUUUACUGAAGAAUAACAGUCAUAAUAAGACCAUAUUUGACAAAACAGGGCUGAACUGUUGAUAAUAAAUAUUAGGAAAUCCUACGAUCAGAAACAUGUAUCAUUUUCUUUUUGUGGGGUAAUUUUUUAAACACCCCAAACAUGUAGUGAAUCUGAAUGCAAAAUGUUGAAUUAUAUUAAAACUAAAGCAAAAAAAAAUAAUAACUUUAAGAUGAUUUGAAUUAGUUAUAGAGUGAAAAAUGAUGAAGCAAAACCGACACAUGAUAGUAAUUUAAAAAUAAUGUUACAUUUUGAUAGCAAAGUUCAAACCGUAUUAUAUAAAACCAAAGAAAUAACAUUAGCAAUUCUUAAUUCUGUUCCAGAAGUAAUUGUUUGAGGGGGUGGAAAGGCAUUUCUUUUACAAUUUGAUGUGUUGUGAUAUAAAGCGAAUAUUUGAACUUUUCAAGUCUUAACCUGAUUGUUUAAAAAUAGAUUGCUGUAUUUUACUUUCUAUUUUUACGGCUAUUAUAACUUUGAUCUUACUGACUGACAAUUUCCUUUUUCAGCACAGUAGAUUAAUACGAAAAAUUAUUGCUAGAAACUAAGAGCAUUUAUCCCCGUUGUCAAAGAAAUUAACAACGUUGUCACAACUGUUUCAUAGACAUUCAAAAUAUUGAAGAAACAUUUCUAUUAAGGAUAGAGUGUUCUAGACAGAUACUUUUCUUAUCAUAAGCAGACAAAAAUAGAGCAAAUUUGAAUUUGAUUUCAGUAAGGUUUUUUUUUGGAAUCCUGAGUUAUUGUUUGUUCAUAAAAUUCACUUCAUGGUCUUUUGAAACAGUGAGUAUUUUCAUGAAAAUAUCUAAGAAAAUACUAGUAGGUUAAAAACACGUGUAUUUUUCAAGAUUCAUAAAUUUUAUUCUUAAAAUAUUUUGGGAAAAAUCCACAGUUGUAUAUGUAUCAUAAUAUAAAUAAAUUUUUUUUGCUGAACUUUUACUUGAAUAAUUCACUUGAUAACUAAGUGAUUUUAAGUAAUUGCCAUUCAAAUGUUAUGUUAUGCUAUACUUGUUAUAUUUGUGUUAAUACAUGAUUUUGUUGACAAACAAGAAAUGUUAACCAGCAUAUUUGUGUAUAUUUAUGGUGUGUAAUAUUAAGUCAAAAAUAUUUUUGAUGUGAUAUUUUACUGUGAUAAUAGUAUCUGAAUAAUUGAUAAUUGGGUUACUAAUUGUGAUGUAAACUGUUUUUUGAUUUGCCGGAAUUCCUUUUUUCUGUGUUAGAAUGUAAAAGAUACCAUUUGUACUGCUAUGAGUCAUAAUAUCUCUUAUAAGCAAUCUAUUUGGGGGAAAUGAACAACAAGGGCAAAAAUGUAAACAUGCAUUUGAUUUUUUGAAAUACAACCCUGAUGAUAAUGCAUUCUUCAUUUUUUUUUUUCAAAAUUUUAGAUGGAUUUUGAUUUAGAUUUACAUUUUGAUAAAUAUCUUUUUAACUAGAGAAGAUGCUCUUUUUAUCAAACAAAACAAAGUAUUGUAAUAAGAUCAUAGGGACUCAAAAGUACAUAAAAUAGCAUGGUAAUUCACAUCAGGUAAUACUUUCUUUCUGUUUUCUGUGGCCAUCACAGGGAAAGGAAGAAACUAAUGAUAUUAGCCAUCAAGUAAAUAUGAAAUAAGACUAGGAUAAAAUACCCCUAAUGAUUAUUUUUUUUAUAAAAAGAAUUUUCAUUUUUUCAAAACUGAACCAUUUUUCCUAACUUGAAUGCAUUCAGAAAAAUG